GUGUGGCGGCGGGGUUGUGGGGGGAAGAGAGGCCGGAGGGAGCCGCAGAUUCCCCAACUCCGGAUCAGUUUUGCCUCCUCCCGCGCCGGCGCCCCAUUGGCUCUCCUCCGUGCCGCUCUCCCACUGCCUUCGCUUAUUGGGCGAUACGGCUGCCUAGUCCCGCCCCCUAUUUCCUCGCGCCCGCUGGCUGUGUGGUGACCGGCCUGAGGAGUGGUGGCCGUCGCCGUGGCGGUGGCCGUCCUGGUGGGGCUGGGACCGGGACCGGGCCUUCACUGCCGAGCGUGGCUCCCUAGGUGUGGCGUGGCAACCAGAGCGUGACCAUGGCAGCCCAGGCUUAUAGCUCCUCUGAAAGGGGCCUUCUGCCUUCACCAAUAGGCUUAGUCCUUACUCUCUUGAAUGACUCUGAUAAGCUAAGUAGAUCAUACCCCUGGGACAGAAAAAGCAGGAAAAGUCAGCUCUCUGAACUCUGCCGGCUUAGAGCAUCUCUUUCUGGGGAGAAAUGGAGCUCUUACUGUUUGUCUUCACUGGCAGCUCAUAACAUUUGUACUAGCAAAACUGGUAACUCAUGGGCUCAAUGGGCUUCUGCCUCUCUCUCCACUUCCAUUGGAAGUUCUGCUUCUUGCUCCUUCUUGCAUGCCCUCGCCGUGGAGGAAUCCAGCCAGCACCUCCCAACUGCUGCACGCAAUCCAAACAAAGCCAUCUUCACCGUGGAUGUCAACACAACAGAGAUCCUAGUGGCUAAUGACAAAGCCUGCAAGCUGCUUGGGUGCAGUAGUCAGGAAGUCAUUGGUCAAAAGCUGUCCUGCUUGAUAUCCAAAUCCAGUCAAGAAGUAUGGGAAGCUGUGGGUGAGGAGUACAUAGAAACUGAUGAAUGUUCAUUGGUGGUUUCAGGAACUGUGGUGGAUAUUAUAGGCCGUUUCAAAGAGAAGAUCCCUGUCUCAGUCUGGCUGAGGCGAAUAAGAAGCAAGGACAGCCAGUGUUGUGUGGUUGUGCUGGAACCAGUGGAAAGACUUUCAGCUUCUGUUUCCUUCAGGGUUGAAGGAGAGAUUACAUCAUGUGACCUCCUUUUUGCCCAUCUCCAUGGCUACCCAACAUUGGAAGAAGUAGUUGGGCUCCACAUAAAGGACCUGAUUCCUUCUGUGCAGAUCCCUCCUCUAGGCAAAAAAAUCCCAAAGAACCUCAGGAUCCAGCGAGCUGUAGGCCGAUCCAGAGAGGGUAAUGCAUUUCCUCUCAGUUUAAAGCUGCAAGUAAGCCUUCUGGAGGAGGACCAAGCGGCAGUGCAGAAAGAUGGUGUUCCACAGACAGAAAAAGAAGGCUCUUUCACAGGCUAUCAUUACUCUGCUACAGUCGUGGUUUUCUCCACCAUCAGUGGUCUUGUUACUGUCGAGUCAGAUGGAACCAUCUGUGGCAUCAAGGAUAGUUUUGCUUUAAUGCUCUUCGGCUAUGAGAAGAAAGAACUGUUGGGAAAGAACAUUACAUUCCUGAUCCCUGGUUUCUAUAACAACAUGGAGAGAAGCAGUGACUGUUCUUUGCCAUUACCUCCUCUUGACGACUCCAUGGGGACAGAGGGUGAGUGCAUCUUUGAAGAUGUUACUGCCUGCCAUACAACUGGCUCUGGCUGCUGGAACAAAGACAGCAUCUUCUUGGCUGCAUCUUUAGCAAGCCUUCUGUCAAGAGAUGAAGAGCAGAAAUUGCAACAAAGACACAAAGACGACAAAUUAAUACAUGAUGAAACUAAACAAAAGAAUGGAACUGGUUUAUUUUCUACUCUCUCGCCUCCUGCAGUGGCAUCCACACCCUCUAAUAGCAAAGACAGCAUUGCUACCAAUGAACUGUCAGCCCACCAUAGAGAGCCUUACCCUGAAACCUGGCUUGACAGAAUCAGAGCAGUGGAACAGUGUAGAACAGUGGAAAUGGCAGGAUCAAAUAAUUCUCAAAAGAUGCUCUCUGCAAGUCUCUCUCCCAUGUCAUCUGAUUCAGAACAGUUGGAUUUAGGUCAGAACAUGAAGAUUCCAGUAAGAAGCAGUGAUAGUGCAGUAUCUGGUGCAUCCGAGACUCAAAAUGCCAGUGAGACUAGUAUCUUGCUUAACCAACUACAAGUUCAUCAUCAAGACCUCAAGGAAGUAAAUUGUCAGCAGGUCUGUAGAUUACCGUAUGAAAUGCUGAAGCAUCAGCACUCCACUGAUGCCUGGGAACAGGCUGCUUCAGCAAAUGUUGCCUGGUCGCCUGUUUGUUCUAGGCUAGAAAGCAAUCUGGAUACUGCAUCCUAUGGCCCAAUUAAGCUGUCUUCUGAUGUUACUUGUAACUCACCUGGAACACCAACAAUAGAUGAACCAUUGGCUGGGGAAACACUGGACAACCGACAAGGCUUUCAAAGCCACAUGGUUACAGGGCAGUUGUCAAAAACAAACUUGAUGUGUGAUGCAAAACAUUCGAGCCUUGAGCAUGUUGUUGUUGAAAACUGCCUGCUAAAUGACGCUUCAUCCUUCUUUGCAAAUGGAAGAAAUACUAUCCAUGAUGUUUGCUCAGGAAAUAAAAUGGGUUGCAGUGCUUCUGCACCAGGAGUUGCCACGUCCUCUGAAGAUGUUAAAGAAUCCGACACUGAGCUGAACUGUGUUUGCUCUGGUCUUGAGGUACUGGGUCUGAAUAUUGAUGUCAAGGAGAACUCAGACAAUUGUUUAGGUAUUACUGCAGCUCUUGCAGGAGCGUCCUCUGUUAAUGCAGCAGACUUGGCUGUAAGCAAUAUGCUAACUCAGAAAAACAGUGCCUUUUCAACUGGGCAAGAAAAGCAGCUGUUGAAUGGUGUUGCCAUAGAAGAUGGUUCUGGGUGGCUGGCCUCCCGAAGGCAUGUAGAAAACUCUGAGGAAUCCUCCAAAGCACUUUUUGAGAAGCCUGAAACUCUUGCAGAGACUAUGGGGGCCAACUUCAACAGAAACCCACUGAAAAGCAAAGGUAGUCCUGAAGAAGACUGUCAGUUGCAUGGGCAGCAAAAUAUGGAGAUAAAAGUAACAUCGACCCCACUGAAACAAGAAGGAAGGCUGAAUCCAGCAGCUCCUUUGACCUUGGAGAUUCUAGAAGGCAGCUACACUGGGAAUUGCUGCCACAGAGAUGGUUCACAAUUAAGUAUACUCUUUGAAGUGAAACGUGUAGAACUACAAGGCCACGCCAUACUUUUCUGUGUCUGGGUGGUGAAAGACCUUCUACAGAGCCAGAAGGAAGCUGUAGCAAAGAGACAGCUUUUGCUCUCCAGUCUAGCAAGCUCUGCCCAGUCUAUUGCUGAUCUUUCCACAAAUAAUCUUGGAGAAUCCAUCAGAUCAACCUCACUUUUUGAGAAUUCCCGAAGAGCUGAAGAGCUUGAAGGAUUAAGGGCAUGUGAGGGAGAAUAUGCAAAAAAUUACAACACUCUCCAUCUUAUUGGCAAAGGAUCUUUUGGCUUUGUCUGCACUGCCAAGGGCAAGAAAGAUCACCAGGAGGUUGUCGUAAAGUUCAUCUGGAAGGAGAGGGUGCUUGAGGACUGCUGGGUAGAUGAUCCUGAUCUGGGGAGAGUUACUCAAGAAAUUGCAAUCCUGUUGAAGCUGCAGCACCCCAGUAUCAUUAAGGUGCUGGAUGUAUUUGAAAAUGAACACUUCUUCCAGCUGGUGAUGGAGAAGCAUGGAUCUGGUCUGGAUCUCUUUACAUUCAUUGAUAAUCAGCCUAACUUGGAUGAGCCGUUAGCAAGCUAUAUAUUCAGACAGCUUGUAUCAGCUGUUGGGUAUCUCCACUGUAGAAACAUCCUUCACAGAGAUAUCAAGGAUGAAAACAUUGUCAUUGCUGAAGAUUUCACAAUUAAAUUAGUGGACUUUGGUUCAGCUGCCUACCUGGAACCCGGCAAACUGUUUUAUACCUUCUGUGGGACAAUUGAAUACUGCUCACCGGAAGUGCUGUCUGGCAAACCGUACCAUGGCCCUGAGCUGGAGAUGUGGUCACUUGGUGUCACCCUUUACACCCUAGUACUGGGAGAGAAUCCCUUCUGCGAGCUGGAGGAGGCUAUGGCCGCUGUCCUGAAUCCUCCUCGGCCUGUGUCAAAAGGUCUCAUGGAUCUCAUCGCUGGGCUUUUGCACCCUGUUCCAGAGCAGCGCACAACUCUAGCCAUGUUAGCAGAGGAUUGUUGGCUGAAGCAGCCUGUGAACCUGGGUGCUUAUAGCUGGGAAGAGGUGUACAUCUCUGCUGAGACAGAAAGCAGCAGAUUCCAAAACAGUUCCAGAGAGCACGCACACAGAGACAGGCUCCCCGCUCCACGCAUGGAGAGUGAGCCGUGCUUGAAUGCUCCCGGCUGUGAGCAUGCAGAUCCUUGCUGGGAAGAAGCAGCGGCUGUGGAGUGCCAGGGCUCAGCUCUGGGCCAUUGCGGCCAUCCCUCUCCACAGCGCUCUGUGGAACAGUAACACCCUUACUACUGGGGACAUGCUCAAGAACCAAGAGGAAUUAAUUGUAAGCGCUUCUCUCUUGCAGAAAGAUUGCUGCUGCUUCUCUCUUGUAGAAAGAUGUGGUGGUCAGCACUGAGUGGUAGGCAGGGCUGCUCUGCCUGGGCAGGAUUCUUCUAGAAAAGCUUCUCGCUAAUAAGUGUUUAGAAUUAUUCUUAUACAGGAUGUGUUUUAAAGCUGAGAGGCAAAGAUUUCAAUGUCUUGUUUAAAUUGGUCAUAAGUUAGAAUGUAUUUUUAUUGCCCGUUUUUACUUUUUAUAUGUAGUUUCACUCUUUCUGAAAAGUGAACGAAUAAACGUUGACUGCCCUC